AUGAAAAAUUUAGGAAAAUUUUCAAGAAAAUAUUUUCCUAGGAAAAUGGUAAAUUUUUAUAAAAUAUUUAGUGUUACUUUUAUUAUUUAUCUAUUUAUAAUUUUUCAUACAACCUGGAGUCAACAAUGUAAAUGUCAUAGUGAUUGUCCUUUUGGUUAUGGAUGUAACGUUAGGAAUGGAGCUUACAAUUGCCGUCCACUAUGCACGUGUACAUUCUAUGAUAUGUUUAUUUGUGGAGGUAAUUCACAAUGCUACUGUCAGAUUGAUGCUAUUGGAGUAGCUUGCUACGUUUGUGGCUCUAACUCAACAGAACCUUCCAUGUGA